UUGAACACCACAAACAAAACUGGAAGUGGGUCUUCUCUAUCAUUAAACUAUGCGCUGUGGAAACAACGUAUGAGUACGAGUAUGAGAUGGUUAUUCUGUGAUAGUUAAAAUCAUCUCCUUUUAAAAAAAAAAAGGCUGUGAAGAGGCGAAUAAUCUUCCCCGAGAAAAAGGAACAAAGUUCAGCGGUGCGAUGUCUUCCGGUUGCCCCCCCCAGUCUCCCGCUGUGGCGAAGUCUGAGGUAGCAGUGGAAGGAGAAUGCCCGCUGCUGGCUGCCACCUUCGCUUACUGGGACAACAUACUCGGCCCGCGAGUGCGUCACAUCUGGGUGCCCAAGGGCGACCAGUCGAUGUUCCUCAGUGAUGGAGAAGUCACCUUCUUGGCAAACCACACCCUGAACGGGGAGAUUCUGCGCAGUGCCGAGUGCGGCGCCGUGGACGUGAAGUUCUUCGUCCUGGCCGAAAAAGGCGUCAUCAUUGUAUCUCUGAUCUUUGACGGCGAGCUGAAGGGAGACAAGAACACAUGUGCCUUGUCAAUUAUACUACCUCAGACAGAGCUGGCCUUCUACUUGCCCCUGCACACCAUCUGCGUGGAGAGGCUGAAGCACAUUAUCCGCAAGGGACGCAUUUGGAUGCAGAAGGGAAACAAUAUCAUCUCAAUACUGAGCGUGGAGAUCGUCCUCAUCAUGAAGCUGCUGGCCUCGAUGAAGACUCACAGCGUGCCUGAAGAUGUAGAUAUAAAAGACACGGUGCUAAAUGACGACGACAUCGGGGACAGCUGCCACGGGGACUUCCUCCACACGGCGAUCAGCUCUCAUCUGCAGACGUGCGGCUGUUCAGUAGUGAUCGGAAGCAACCCAGAGAAAGUAAAUAAGAUUGUGCGAACUCUGUGCCUCUUCCUGACUCCAGCUGAGAGGAAGUGCUCCCGCCUGUGCAGGGCCGACUCCUCCUUCAAAUACGACACCGGCCUGUUCGUCCAGGGUCUGCUCAAGGACUCCAUGGGCAGCUUCGCCCUGCCGUUCCGCCAAGUGCUCUACUCCCCCUACCCCACCACACACAUCGACGUGGACAUCAACACGGUCCAGCAGAUGCCGCCCUGCCACGAGCACACGUUCAACCAGCGGCGCUACAUGCGGUCGGAGCUGAACGCGCUGUGGAAAACGGACAGCGAGGAGGACAUCCCGCCGGAGACGGUCAUUCACACAGACGAGACAACACUGGACCUGAAUUUAUUUCAAGAUGUCCCACAUAAAGACACUCUGGUGAAGUCAUUUAUUGAUGAGGUGUUCAUGCUGAAGCCGGGCCUGUCCCUGCGGAGCACCUAUCUGGCCCAGUUCCUGCUGCUGCUCCACAGGAAGGCCCUCACGCUGCUCAAGUACAUCGAGGACGAAACGCAAAAAGGGAAGAAGCCGUUCAAAUCGCUGCGCAGCUUGAAGACGGACCUGGAUCUGAGGGACGAGGGGGACCUGAACAUCGUCAUGGCCUUCGCCGAGAAGCUGAGGGCGGGGCUCCACUCCUUCGUGUUCGGGAAGCCGUUCUACACCAGCAUGCAGGAGCGGGACGCGCUCAUGAGUUUCUGAACGGCCGCACGCUCCGUACUGUUGUUUUUAAUAUAAAGGUCUGGCUGCCAACGCAAGUGUUUCUCUACCCUUUGCUGAAAUUGACAGAACUGUUUGUCUUCCUGGUGCGUCUUGACGUGAAGUGUGAUUUCAAAGCAUGGGUUUCACUGCUGUUAUGAGCCAUUCGAGUUCAGCAUUUGAUAUAUCAUCUCGGUCAUCUGUAAGCCUCGUGUGAGUAUAAUGUUUUUCGAAGACUGAUUCUCGGCUGGAUAAAUUAUUCAUGUAUUCUUUGCCUUCUGUUAAUAGAGGAUCUGUAUUAAUUCAUGGUGUUAAAAUUGGCUGAGGUCCCCACCAGGACAUCCGUGAUAUAAUUUAAAAAGGUAUUUAUUAAUCCCCGACUUGUUGGUGUCUGUGCUGCCAGAUUCAUACAACCACCUCGGCUGGACCUCUGCACCUUUUGAACUUUGAAUUUCAGUUCAGUUAAUGAAGGCGUUUGCCGAAUGUGGCCAAAAGGUUGUGAGUAAUCAUUGAGGAGACAAAACCACUGUAAAUGAAAUUUCCUGACGGAGCAGAUCCGUGUGCGGCGCUGACAGAGUGCCAUCAUUAAAUCCAUUUACCCAGUUGUGUGUAAAAUGGAUUUUGUUCCUCCUCCCUCAGCAACAGCCAAGUUAUUUGCAGGAAGGAUUACCCGGCUUUACAGCAAACAUAAAUUUGCAGCAGUCUUAAAGCCAACCAAUCUUAUUUAUGUGUCAUUGUAAUAUGGUGACAUUUGUGUUAUAUUUACGGUCUUGAAUGCUUUUUUUUUGCACUUUGAGAUACGCCCAUGCUGAUUACAGAUAUUCUCUGCUGCAUUUUCACUACAUGGAUCAUCUGUUUUUUUUGGGGUUUUUUUUUUUUCUUGAUUGUACCUCAGCUUGUGCAGACAACUCAGUGAAUAAUAAAUGACAAAUCUCUCA